UUCCAUCUGCUCAGAUAGAGAGACUUCGGCCGAGCCAGGCAGGCCUUUUCAGACAGCUGUUGUUUGCUAGCUGAGGCGUGACAGAGCAGUAAACAGCACCCAGCCAGUCUGGUCUGCCUGCCUGUCGCAGCGGUGGAAGAGAAGGAGGACGUUAUUUUAGGCACUCAGACACUGUCACCUGUCGUAGGACGAGUCUGGACACUGUCUCCCAGCACACUUAGCCGCACCAGUAACACUUGCCACACCACAACAACACUCUCUGGAGACCUUACCACAGAACAGGAGAACCAGCGAUGUACACAAACGGACACUGCAGUGUCUGAAUUAACGACUAAAGUGGUCUUUUACAGAGCUCUCUGGUCCUGAGAUGGGCCAGUACGACACCCAGGCUCUCUCAGAGACCCUGAUGGGAUUCCUCCAGGACCUGCCAUCCCCCGUCAUCCCAAAGUCUAUCUAUCCCAGCCUGAAGACUACCCUGCAAGAGGAAGAAGAGUUGUCCGUCGGGGAGACAGGCAGGCGUUUGCUGAAGGCUCUGGAGCCUGUGCCCCAGCCGAGCCUGCAUUACCUGCUCAGACACCUGGACCGAGUGGGCCAGGGCUUGGCCCACAACGGCCAGAGCUCGGCCCACAACGGCCUGGACCCCCACACCCUCGCAUUCCUCUUCAGCCCUCUUCUGCUCACCACUGGGUCAGAAGAAGGUCAUCAGGUUCAGGUGCUGGAGAGGCUGCUGGUGGCGAAGGCCUGGGAGCUGGACCAGAUGUCAUCAGCCCUACCUUCCAAGCCUUCCAAAACCAAAGUCAUGGCAUCUUCUGUCAUCAAUGGGGAUGGCAGCAAGAUGGCUGAUGCAGAGUGGUACUGGGGAGACAUUUCCAGAGAUGAGGUGAAUGACAAGAUGAGAGACACACCAGAUGGCACUUUCUUGGUCCGAGAUGCCUCAAGCAAGGUGCAAGGAGAAUAUACAUUGACUCUCAGGAAAGGAGGAAACAACCAGCUGAUCAAGAUCUUCCACCAAGGAGGCAAGUACGGCUUCUCUGAGCCGCUGACCUUUGCUUCUGUGGUGGAACUCAUCCUGUAUUAUCACCACGAGUCGCUGGCCCAGUACAACCCCAAGCUGGACUCACGGCUACUGUACCCAAUCUCCAAAUAUCCGCAGGAUCAGGUGGUAAAAUGGGACAGCGUGGAAGCAGUAGGAGAGCAACUGAAGGUGUACCGCGAACACUGCCAGGAGACGAGCCGGGAAUAUGACGUCUUGUAUGAAGAGUAUACUCGCACCUCUCAGGAGUUACAGAUGAACCACACGGCCAUCGAGGCCUUCAACGAGACCAUCAAGAUCUCCGAGGAGCAGUGCGAGACCCAAGAAGGCUAUAGCAAGGAGAACAUUGACCCGUUCCUCAGGGAGGGAAACAGCAAAGAUACUGAGAGAAUCCAAAGUAAUUGGGAUAAGCUGAAGUCGCGGGUGACUGAGAUCCAUGACAGGAAGAGGAAGCUAGGGCAGGACCUGAAGGAGCAUGCAAUGGACAACCGAGAGAUCGAUAAGAAGAUGAGUAGCCUGAAAACGGACCUUGUGCAGCUGAAAAAGAUUAGAGACCAGUACCUGGUGUGGCUCAAUCAGAAGGGCACCAGACAGAAGAAGAUUAACGAGUGGCUGGGGAUCAAAAAUGACAUGGAAGGCCGUUCCUCCCCUCUACCUCCCAGCCUGUAUUCUCUGGUGGAUGAGGAGGAAGACCUGCCGCACCUCGACGAGCGCACUUGGUACGUGGGCGACAUCACGCGCAGCCAAGCCGAGGAGUUGCUGAGGGGAAAGGGUGACGGCACUUUCCUGAUCCGAGACAGCCAGUCCCAGAAGGGCUCCUACGCCUGCUCUGUAGUUGUGGACGGGGACAUCAAGCACUGUGUGAUAUUCAAGACCUCCACGGGCUACGGCUUUGCCGAGCCCUACGACCUAUACAGCUCCCUGAGAGAGCUGGUGCUUCACUAUAGACACACCUCCCUGGUCCAGCACAAUGACUUGCUGAAUGUAACUCUGGCAUGUCCUGUCCUAACCCAGCAGCAACCCAGAUGAGACGCAAGAUAACCCGGACAGGGUCUGGCACACACAGAGGAAACCCACAGAACUCAUAAAAACCACACACCCUCACUUUUCCCAUACAAGAAAACAAAAAAGCAACCGUCUUUCUGCGCGUUGGGUUUGAGAGGAGGGGGAGGGCGGAGUGGAUUUUGACAUGGAAGAGCACAUUCACAUGUUCUAUUUUUUGUUAAAUCUCUACAACACUACACCGUUUUUUGAAAUCGACUUUGAAAUGUAUUUCUUUAUUUUCCUGUUACUUUUUUCUACAGUUAAAGAGGGGCUUUUUGCGAGAGGGUUUGAUGUUCAAGACAUGGAGAACAAAAAGACCUGCCAGCGCUUUUCUGUUUACAUUAAGCCUUGCUCACAUUGCCCACUGUGGUAAAAUGCUUAAAGGGAUUCUCCCGUACUUUUGACUACUUUUUAGCCAGCAGUUCUGAAAGAAGCGCUCACAGGCCAAAAUUGCGUACUACGUCUAUGUGCAUCACGUCAUUCCUUUCUGUCUCGCUCAUUUGCAACUUGCUAGCUGUUACUGACAUGGCGAGGGGCUGAAGCUCAUUGGUUGAACUCAAAUUACUAGGGGGCUUGCACAGGAGGGGGAGGAUUUUGGGGAAAAUGGCGCAGCACAGCUUCCAGAAAAACAGUUGCUUUCAAACUAGGGAUUUUGUGGCUAAUUGAGGGAGAACAGUAAUUAUUAACUGUCAAUGUUUUAUUUCUUUACUUCAAGUACAUAUUACUACAAACACAAAAUCCACAGCGUUGGGUAGCACACACACACAAAGAAAGCAUUCUAUCUGCUCUCUGUGUAACCUUUCAUGCUUAUGUGCCCUUUCACAGUAGAACAUGGUGGAACACUUGGUGGUGAAAGUGCCUUCUGUUCUAAUCCUCUGUCUUCCAUUAUUUCUCUGUAAAUCAGAGUCCGUGUGGAUGCCUGGCCCCAAUCAGAUGCCAAGUGUUUUGUAUAGCACUGUGUGUGAAACUGGAAAUCUGAAAUGGACCUCACUAUUGAUUGCCUUAGAGCAGAUGGGGCAACUCCCUCAGAGUUGUACCUGGCACUACUGCCACUGCCUGCUCAGAGUGCACACUUCUGGUUUCCCAGGUCUCAAUCAGUUGCUGAUUUAAAGGAAAGACACUAUGAAGACGAAACUUGCCCACCCCUGCAUUAGUGUGUGUAUGAUGGUGGUGUUGGAAUUGUCCAUGUUGAAAAUGGAUUUAUGUUCACAUUUUUCGAGUCGAUCAUUGGUAAAUCUCGUGGGGGGAUGAGUUGCUUGCAGUUGACAUUAGGUUAUGUAUGGUGUAUGAACGGAGGUAUUUGUCAGUCUCUCGUUAAGGUAUAAGUAGCCUAUUUCAAUGAUUCAAAACGCAUUUUCCUUCAUUGGACCUUACCUGACACACUUUAUGAAUGCACUUAUUUCUCAGGACACAAGCUUCCAAAUCUGUUUUGUGAUGCUAACAUACACAAGAUAUUCUUGUUAGAUUUCGAACAAACUACUUUGACAAACUGAUUAGUACUAUGUAGCGAGUUCGGAGACCACUUGAUGACGCCUCGUUAUCGACAUUGAUAACCCUCACAUUUGUCGUGUAUGAAUCAGACCUUUAAACAAGACUAGAGGAGGUAUUGAGGUAGAAAUCCAACGGCAGGGACACAGAAGGUCAUAAAUCAUUAGCUUUUGCACGCAAGAAUCUCACUUGAUUUAGAGAUCUUGUAUGGUAUUAUUAUCAUGUUCUUAACCUAACCAGAAGCAGGGGUGACGGGGUUAUUGGUGCUAGAAGUGGACGAUGUCUUGUAUAUUAUGAUGACAUUGCAUUGGUGCAUUUUAUUGCUCACUAUUAGGAGUGAUUCAAUUGCCCAGCAUGUUGGGAUUGGUGAAAAUGUACGUUUCAUAACUGUCAACAUCGUUUGUUUUGUGUGUCAUGUUAAUCUGGUAAACCUGUUUCUAAUGUGUAUCUGGUAGUUAAGGAGAAAAGGUCUCUCUGGAGAGAGAUGGUGUACUAUUUACUGAACAUAGCAUUUCAGCCAGAGUCCUGCUCAGUUAGGCUACCCUUCAGGUCAAAGGAUCUUUGAAAACUGUGAGAUUGCAU